UUCAGUGAGUCAGAAUCGUUGAGCGCACUCACAGCUGAAGUUCAUCGAUGCUCGUGUUGGGUGUGAGAAGAUUCAUUCUGUGCAUUUAAAAGUGCUCAGAUCUCUGGGAAACUGCGUUUUAAACGGAAUCUUUUACCUUUAGAGACUUUUACAGUUUUUUUUAUUUUUUUAUUUAUUUUUUUACAAAUACGAGAUUCAUGAUGCUUGGAGUAAAUGUGAUGAAGCAUCGUGUUGUUGUGUUUAUGUGUUUAAUGUGUGUGUCCGGUGUGUGUGACGCGGGAUGCGCGGAUAGACCGUCACCGCGCUGCUGUCCGGGACGGAAUAACGAGUGUGUGGAGUUCACCGGGAGAAAAACCGUGUGUUACUGCGACACAUACUGCAUGAGGACCGGAGACUGCUGUGACGACUAUCACACAGCGUGUCACAUAUCAGCAGCUAUAGACUGUGAGGUCCGCCAGUGGGGUCCCUGGUCUCCAUGUUCGUCAGUCUGUGGAGCGGGGACUACAGAGCGAAGCCGUCAGGUAGCCACGCCCCCACGCAAUGGAGGCAUGCCCUGUCCCGAUCUCAAACAGCGCAGAGGGUGUUUUGCCCACACUGAGACCUGCAGUGCAGCUAAAGAGGUGGCCAAAAUCCUGCCUGACUCGUUCAAGCGUAACUUUAAGGACCCUUGGAGACGGCCACACAUGCUAAUGAAGGAGGAGAAGAAGAGUUAUUGCGUGCACAUGCGUGUGAAGCAGGUUAGUGCGGCAUGUAAGGUGAAAAUGUGGAGCGCUCAACUGGUCCGCGAGCGCUCCGUAUGUGUCGAGUGUCAGAGCGAUGCCAUGGCCACCGACAACCUCUGCCGUGGAGAUGGCUUGAAGGACAUCAGAACUUUCUGGACCGCUGCAUCAGCACCCGGUUGCUCUGGGUCGUGGGUUCGAGAGUCAUCCGCUGAGAACUGCCAGUGUCCACCUUACUCUGUGCUAUUUGUCUGAACCACACAUCCUUAUAAGCUCAUUUUAAACUUAGUACUUCCACAGGAGCCCUUUGAAGCCAAAUUUUUUUCAUCAAAAGCUAUGCUUAUCAACUCUAUCUUCUCUUCGCUGUGUAUCUCUGCCUCCAAGAAACCAAAAACACAACCCUGUUUUUCUGAAACUCUGCUAUCUACCUCCACAGUGCACCUGCACCUGUUUUUGAUAAUGCCUUUUAUCUUGAUACAGAUACUUUUUUUACUCUUCUUUUUUUUCACAUGUGCCGUUAUUUAUAUAUGUUUGAAUGUAACUUCUGUGUGUCCGUUUGUACGUGUGUGCAUGUACAUUCAGUAAUGUUUGCAUACGUUAUGUGUCGCGUGUGUUUUCGAAUGAAAUGUGCACUCGUUUGUUAAUGCGCGAGUAGCUGCUGUAGGAAGCCUAUUGUAUAUGAAAGUUUCUACUUGGUAGUUUUUCAUUCUCUUCAUUUUCUGAUCUACUUUAGAUUUGUAUUUGUUCUUUUUCAUGAGUUCUGGAAAGUGUCCUGAGUGUCUGUGCAGACUAAAGGCCCGUUCACAUCAAGAAUGAUAACUAUUACAAUAACUAAUGAGAACUAUAUUAGCGUCCACACCAACAGACGAUAACAUUCUGUUUAUUCAGUUAUGUUCAUAGACGAAUGAAAAACAGACUGAUAUAACAUCAAAUGAGGCAAGACAAUGUUGUCGACAUUAGCGCUGGAUAUCAGUUUGCGUUAGCUUUUCAUUAUUUCAUCACCGUUGAUACUGAAGAAGAAUGCAGAAGAAACAUUGCCGGUUCUUGAGCUGGGGUUUCCAUUUCGUUGGGUGGAUUUUGAUUGGCUGUCAGUGUUUUUAUCGUUCAUCAGCUGGAAGAAAAUCGCUCUGAAAGUGAUCCCAACGAUAUGGUUCCUCAGUGACAUUAUAGUUAUCGUUCUUGGUGUGAACGGGCCUUAAUUCAGUGCCUUCGAAAUCUGUUUAAUUCCGCUUGAAAACGGUGUGGUGCAGUUCAUGUGUUUGCAAUUGGUCGGACAGCAAACGGGCCUUACUGAUGACAUAUAUUUAGCUUAUUCCAGUUAAACGCCUUUCUCAUUGCUGCUUGCAUCUGUAGAAAUUGUCUUUGAAAAGCAGCUAGCAUUCUUCACAUCUCUUUAAAUGCAUCCGCGGCAGAAAAACGCAAGUGCAGUUUUCUGCAUGUAGUAAAACCAAAGGAACAUGAAUGAAAGUAUGAACCUAAAUGAUUAACUUUUUAUUACAGCGGUAAACAGCCAUUGCGAGUACGCCUACCUGCUUUGAUGACACACUGUAUUAUACAACAUACCAAAUAAGUGAAACAAAUGAAAGUGUGGUUCUUAAAGCUACAGUAUACGGGGGGCCUGGGUAGCUCAGCGAGUAAAGACGCUGACUACCAGCCCUGGAGUCGUGAGUUCAAAUCCAGGGCGUGCUGAGUGAUUCCAGCCAGGUCUCCUAAGCAACCAAAUUGGCCCGGUUGCUAGGGAGGGUAGAGUCACAUGGGGUAACCUCCUCGUGGUCACUAUAAUGGGGGCGCAUGGUAAGAUAUGUGUGGAUGCCGCGGAGAAUAGCGUGAAGCCUCCACACGCGCUAUGUCUCCGUGGUAACGCGCUCAACAAGUCACGUGGUAAGAUGCGCGGAUUGAUGGUCUCAGACGCGGAGGCAACUGAGAUUCGUCCUCCGCCACCCGGAUUGAGGCGAGUCACUACACCACCACGAGGACUUAGAGCGCAUUGGGAAUUGGGCAUUCCAAAUUGGGUCAAAGAAUAUCAUCAAUAUUAGUGAUAGACCGAUAUAUCGUCCAGGCAAUUAAUCUGCCAAUAUUUGGCCAUUUUGCGAUUCUUGGCGUUGUCUGAUAGCCAUGUUCACUUGGCCGAUUAACAGCAGUGUUAACUUUCUCUUGUGUCAAGUUUCUGUUUCUGUUUUUCUUUCCAAGUUUAUGCAAAUGUGAGCAAAUGUUGCAUACAGUAAGUGUUUGUUUCACUUUAGAAAUUGUGUGUACAUCUAAUUUGCUGUUGUUAAAUUGCAUCCUGUUUAUCUGCAUUUAUAUCGGCCAUCCUUCUCUCUAGAUAUCGGUAUUGGCAUCGGCCAUUGAAAACCCCAUACUGGUCGACCACUAAUCAGCUUCAUUGCAUAGCAUCUGAAAUGUGGCUCUAGUUAUUUUGAAAUGCUGAACACAAAGCCUGUCAUCAAAAUGAUUGGCUACUUUUCCUUCCUAGAACUGUCUGAAACGCUUUCGCUCCCAUACGUAAGGCAUCUGCCGCUGAACGAUAGAAAACAUGGAGUUCGUCAGAGCGUUUUGUCUGAGCGCUCUACAGCACAAGUAUUUAAUUACAUAUAAUGAAAGAGCCACAGUGGCUUUAACUUCCAUUUUCAUUACUAUUUUUGCGCCAAUUUGUCCAGAAAGAUGGGAUAGAAACGCUGCUUUUUUCGCAGAUUGUUUUGCGAUAUUCCGAUUUUGCAAUGGAAGCAUAGCUGAUGGCAGGAACAUGCGCCAUCGACACGCAAAGGCGCAGAUUGUCCACAUGUCUUGAAAAAACAAACUGCACACGGACUGUCUGCGUGUACUGUGACAAUGCCAAAAUUUGCGUAACGCGCACUGUGACGUACCUAAGUAUCAUUUGGCCUUGCGAACUCAAUAUCAAGUUACAGCCAAAUAAAUUCCAAUUUCUUUGUAUUAUUUUGCUUUUAAAUAAUAUUGUCUCAACAGCUUAAGUUUUAAUGACACUAACCUAUAUUGUAUGAUUUUGUUGGCUAAUGUUAUUUGGCAAUGUUAUUCUUUUCCCCAUCAUUCAUUAAAAAAAAAAUCAUAAAUAUAUAUUUUUUUGUCUU